GGAACCUUUUUGUGCAGCACACAUUUCCCUCACAUGUGUGGCUAACGAUGGCUACCACAGACAUGGGGGUCACGUUGGAGGAGAGUUUAAACAAACUUGACGUCACCACUCAGCAUCCAGAGGACUUUUUGAGCCUUCAAGAUGCUGUGGCAACAGACUAUACAUCUCUCACUAAGACCCUUUAUGACCUCCUCAAAGCCCAGGAGCCAAAAGUUUAUAAUGGCAGCCCACUAGUUCAGCUGGUGGUGAAAAACUUUGACGAAGAGCAAAUCUGGCAGGAGCUUGAGCUGCAGAACUCUGCUGUGCUAAAACACUUUGGAAAUGCAGUUGACGAUGUUUUGUCUGAUGAGACAGUUUCAGUACUACUGGAGGAGUACAUUGAAGAAGAGUCAGGGGACAAGGAAGAAGGAGAGCCCGUUGAAAGUAUGGAUGAGGAAGCAGAAGAGGAGCCACGGAGUAGGUUAAAAAAAUUGUCGGACUGUGCAGCAGAAGAUUACACAGACGAUGACUCCGAUUUAGAUUUUGAUGUGGAUGCCCUGGAGAAGCGGGAGAAGAAAAAGAGAGAACCUGCAGGGAAACAUUCCGAAAUGAAGAGCCGUCCCUCAGAAGUUGAUGAUAUGUUCUUUAAGCUGUCAGAGAUGGAGUCGUUUCUUGAUGACAUGGACAAGCAAGAAGGGAAGGAACACAGAGAUCAAAACGAAGUAAAUUACUUUCAGGACCUGCCCUCUGAUGAGGAUGAUGAUCUCGACCUUGAAAAGAUUUCUCUGAAAAAGGAGACGAAAAGCACUCAGGCGAGGAGCUCCAGGGAUCUGAAGUACAAGGAGUAUUUUGAUGCUGUCGACGGGGCUGUGGUGGAAGCAGAUGAGAAGUCAGAUAGUGAGGAUGAAGAUGGUAAAGAAGAAAUGGAUGAGGAAGAAAUGGAUGAUGAAGAUGACGAUGGUGACCUUGACGAAGACCUCGACGAGAACAAGAACAUGAACCGAGAGUCUCUUAAAAAAGUGACCUUUAACCUCUCUGGAGAUGAGGGUAGUGACGGGGAGGACCUUCAGGACAUUUUUGGAGGAGGAAAAACAAGUCCAGCAAAAUCCGAAUCCAAGUCAUCAUAUGAGAAGUGUCAAGAAAAGAUGUCGCAAAAGAUCGAUGAGUUGGAAAAGGCCGCCCUUGGACAGAAGUCAUGGCAGCUGUCUGGAGAGGUGACGGCGCGAAAGCGCCCGGAGAACAGCAUGCUUGAAGAAGAUUUGGACUUUGAGCAUGCAUCCAGAAAGGCUCCUGCAAUCACAGCAGAAACUACUCUACAGCUUGAAGACAUCAUUAAACAACGAAUUAAAGACCAGGCAUUUGAUGAUGUGGUCCGCAAGGAGAAACCUAAAGAAGCAGUGUUUGAAUACAAGAAGAGGCUAACGUUAGAUCACGAGAAGAGCAAGCAAAGUCUAGCAGAAAUUUAUGAGCAGGAAUAUCUCAAGCAGACACAGCAAAAGGCAGAGGAGGAGGAAAACCCAGCUCAUGUAGAAAUACAAAAACUGAUGGACACGCUCUUCUUAAAGUUGGAUGCCCUCUCCAACUUCCACUUCACACCCAAACCUUCUGUGCCUGAGGUGAAGGUGGUGUCUAACCUGCCAGCUGUCACAAUGGAAGAAGUUGCUCCGGUCAGUGCAAGUGAUGGCACACUUCUUGCACCAGAGGAAAUUAAGGAGAAAAACAAAGCAGGUGAUGUUGUAGGGGUAACGGAGAAAACAUCAACCGACAAGAAGCGCGAGAGACGACACAAGAAGAAGGUGAAACAUUUCAAAAUCAAGGAAAAAGAAAAGAAACUGAAGCUUAAAGAAGCCAGUGAAGCUGGAAACAACCAAAGGCUGUCAAAGGCCCAAGUCAAGGAAAACCUGAAGAAAGUCACCAAAGGAGGCAAAGCUACCAUACUAAAGGAUGAGGGAAAGGACAAGGCACUGCGGUCUUCUCAAGCCUUCUUCUCACAGCUUCAGGAUCAAGUGAAAAGUCAAAUUAAAAGCGCAAAAGGCCAGCCUCCAAAAAAGAAACGGAAGGAAGUUUCUGCCAGCAAACUCAAGUUAUAAUGACUGACUGUUAUGACAGAUUGUUUUGUUGUACAUAUUAUUACUUCUUUUACAAACAGCUAUCUUUGAAUUAUUUACUUCUGUGUAAUUACUUUGAACUUACAUGACAUCUAUUCAAAUGCAUUUGUCUUCCUAUGGCGACAUGGCGAAUUUAGUAUGUUUGCGCAGGGUUUUUAAGUAAGACCGUGGCAUCACUGCAAGCAUGAUUAUUACCUUUGCGUACUGUCAUGAUGCUGUAAUUUUCUAACAGAAAUUACAUUAAAGCAAGAUUUAAAUACAGA